UUUUAGCGGGUAGAUUGGUUAGUUGCGUUGUGUGCACCCAUGUGCAAGUAUUUCUUAGCUUAUUAUGUACUUUGUUUCGCCAUCUCUGUUUCUCCAUUACUAUCAGAAGAAAGCACCAAAUACAACCUUCUCAUCAAGGAACGUGCGGUUCUUGAUAAGGUAGUAUCUCUUUUGUUACCGUGUAUCUGUUCAGUUGGAUGAUGCUGGAGUUAAUGUAUUUUCAAAGUCUGGUCAGAAGUUCUCUUGUUCAUGGGGUACAGACAGUGGCAUAAAACCUGAUAACGCCACUUCACAACUGUCCAGCAGCGUCGUACAUUCACUACUGUCUAUGUUUAGUGCGUUUGAUUGUCUAAGAGUGGUUAGUGCUAUAUUUAUUUCACAUGUAUUUGACGUCUCUAGAAAAAAGGUUGGUGGACAUACGAGUUUUGUUUCCGAAAGUAUGUCGCCCAGUAUCAUGACGAGUCUAAGGAAACGUCUAAGACGUUUCUCGGACUUUUCGAGUCGGAAUUUGACUGGGACAAUUCUUCAGAGAAACCCAAAUACCAUAGCCAGUUUUAUUCAAAUGGAAGUAUUUGUGAUUUAACAAAUAUGCCUCGGAUAACAGAAGUGCAGUUUGUCUGUGCUGAUUCACGAACGUUUCAUAUUUUAUCUGUUGAAGAACCUGAAUCCUGUGUCUAUCUCUUAAAAAUAUCAACUCCGAGUUUAUGUGAAAACUCGCAUUUUGCCUCUCAGUUUUCGACCAAACCGCAUGAUAUUACCUGUCACCCAACUCUCAGCGGACCGGAUUACUAUCGCUAUGAUGCUUUAAAUAAAGCAAGGGAUCCAAUUCUGCAGUCGUCCUUAGCUAAUAUGUCACAAACUUUCAGUUUGCCUUCGAAGCGUCUAUAUACCAACAAAAAUAUGUAUAAUAAAAUUCGUAACAACCGACGCAGGCGCAAAUUGAAAUUUCUCAGGCGCUCUACAGGAAUGUUCCUUAGAUCUUUGAAAAGAUUAUCAGUUCUCUACAAAAAGCAAAACCUUAAAUCUUCAUGGAGUUCCCAUCCUAUAUCUUUGUUACCUACAAAUCCAGCCGGUUUAUAUAAGCUAUGGCUCCAUAUCGGUUCGCUUAGUAGUGACCUCUCAAAUUUUACAUCUGUUCUAUUAAGGAGGAAUGAAAUAUCUCACCGUCAUGUCCCUUUGGACAUUGUGAAAGUAGCCAUUAUUGUAACUAAGAGCGUUAUUAUGGAAGUAGAGGACUAUAAACAAUUGCUCAAUACGUUUCUUACUGCUCCUAUGCAAACAGUGGGAAUGAUGCACCUAUUUAAUCUCAGUGAUGUCCACGAAUCUAUCAGUCGUAUUUGGCGUGAACUAUUUAGCUGUACAGAUCCUAAUGAGGCUCACACAAUGUUAUCCACUGUGAUCCAUGUUUAUAAAAAGCAUAACUUAGAUAUACCAACUGUUGAAGAUAUACCUUUAACCCGUCUACCUACCGAAUCGAGAAACAAUGCAAAAUCUGCAUACCUAAAGUAUAAGUUAGACUUCACAUUUUCAAGUAAUAAAGACAACAAUAUUGAGAUCUUACAGUACAAUGGAAAGGUGUUGGAUAAUCCUCUAAGUUAUGAAGAAUACUCGAAGUUGUUUGAUGUAAUUAAAAAAGUUGUAGAUUUAACCGAUCUCUUCCUGGAGACUUCGAAAUUAUAUGUCAAGAUACUUUUCUUUCUUCACAAGAAAAUAGAGCUUAGUCAGAAUAUAGAAACCCGACUGAAACAAACGUUUUCCAAUAUACUUACUGAUUCAAAUGUCAAUGUUGUUGUGAUACAAGGUGGUAAUCGUAUUAUGAAAGAUAAAUAUAAUCAAGGUGCUACAGAUCAAUGGGAUCUCGAUCUUUUGCCAUCUCUUAAACAACGGGAGAUCAUAGAGAUUAUGCAAAAAGUCGUAACUAACUUAGAUCCAGAAAUAUCGGACGAAGUGGAUAUAGUUGAAAAACCAGAAAAUCAAGGAGGUUUAUCUACGUUUUACAUUAUGCCUGGUGGACCUAGAAAGAAGGAAGAAAAACGCGUCAGGAAACUUGAACAAAAUUAUCACUUUACUUUCCACUGAAUAGAAGAAAUAUAGUAACAUUGAUUUAUGGCAUAAAAUUGUAUUUCAUCAGUAAUCUUUUAGUCACCUGCACUCUUUCAUUCUAUUUUUCUCAAUAUCUGUUUUUCUGCAUAAUCUGUAAUAAUAUACUUCGGAAUAUGUUAAUAUUUACAUCUGUCGAGUCAGUUUUUUAAACUAUGUGCUACUGUUGCUGCUAACACAAUAUUUUUGUCAGUUAAUCUAAGUGUGGUUUUUUAUUCACCUAUUUUCUUUAAAAAAAUUGUUUUAUUUUCUUUGUCAUACAAAUUCGUUCUUCCUCCUUAAUGACCUUGUCAUAUUCGUCUCAGUUUCUUUCUCAAGCUCGCCAAUCAUCACAACUCUUAAUUGGCCAUUUUUUUCAAGUGAUAUGUUCCUAUUGGUGUAUCUAUCAUCUAUGUGUGUAAAUAUGUACUAUCUCUGAAAUGUUGAGUUCAAUGUCCUUUUCUAAGAACUAUUUUUUUUGAAAACUUAAUCAGUAUACCGUUCAAAACAUUGUAUUUCUCAAUCGAGUAAUAAAGUAAAUUUCCAUAUC